GGCGCCCGAAAACGGCCGGAAAAGGCGGGAAAAGGAUCCCAAAAUUCCCGAGAGGGAAAAGGAUCCCGGAGUUCCCGAGAGGGAAAAGGAUCCCGGAAUUCGCCGGGCGGGAAAAGGAUCCCGGAGUUCCCGGGCGGGAAAAGGAUCCCGGAGUUCCCCGGGCGGGAAAAGGAUCCCGGAAUUCCCUGGGAUCGGCACCUGGAAAAGGAUCCCGGAAUUCCCCGGGCGGGAAAAGGAUCCCGGAAUUCCCCGGGCGGGACAAGGAUCCCGGAAUUCCUCGGGAUCGGCGCCGGGAGCGUGAAAAAGAUCCCGGAAUUCCCCGGGAUCGGCAGCGGGAAGAGGAUCCCGGAGGUUCCCGGCAUCGGCACCGGGAGCGGGAAAAGGAUCCCGGAAUUCCGGAGCGGGAAGAGGAUCCCGGAAUUCCGGAGCGGGAAGAGGAUCCGGGAGCGAGGAUCGGGAUCGGGAUCGGGAUCGGCUCCAUGGACGCCUUCCAGUCCCCGACGGCCUCGUCCCGCCGGGACAAAGAGGAGCCCGGCCCCGUGUCCGUGACCAUCCCGGCCUCUCCCUUCAUGCAGAAGUUGGGAUUCGGCACCGGCGUCAGCGUCUACCUGAUGAAAAGGUCUCCGCGGGGGUUGUCCCGCUCUCCGUGGGCCGUGAAGAAAAUCAACUCCGGCUGCUCCCGGAGCCAGCGGAGCCUCUUCCAGCGGAGGCUCCGGGAGGAGGCGCAGACGCUCCGGAACCUGCGGCACCCCAACAUCGUGGGGUACCGGGCGCUGGCGGAGGCUGCGGACGGGAGCCUGUGCCUGGCCAUGGAGUUCGGGGGGCAGCGAUCCCUGCACGAGCUGAUCGAGGAGCGCCGGGAGCGCGGCCUGGGCGCCUUCCCCGCCGACACCAUCCUGCACGUGGCGCUGAGCGUCGCCAGGGGCCUCCAGUACCUGCACACGGAGCAGCGGCUGCUCCACGGCGACAUCAAAUCCCCCAACGUCGUCGUCCGCGGCGCCUUCGAGGCCGUCAAGAUCUGCGACGUCGGCGUCUCCCUGCCCCUGGACGAGAACCUGACCGUGGCGGACGGCUCGCUGCGCUACGUGGGCACGGAGCCGUGGCUGCCGCCCGAGGCGCUGCCCCCGCCCGGCGCCAUCUCCGACCGCGCCGACGUCUUCGCCUUCGGCCUCACGCUCUGGGAGAUGCUGGCCCUGAGCGUGCCACACCUGCCCCCGGCGCCCCGCGGCUCCCCAGACGAUGAGGACGACGAGGAUGACGAGGAUGAGGAUUCCCUGUCGGAGGAGUCGUGGGACGAGGCGGCGUUCCGGGCGGCGCUGGGCUCGCGGCCGGCGCUGCCGGCGGCGGCGGCGCUGGAUCCGGCGCAGGCCGCGGUGCGGGAGCUGUUCUGCGCCUGCACCGCCGCCCCGCCCCGGCAGCGCCCGCCGGCCGCGCGCGUCGUCCGCGCCCUGGAGAGCCGGCAGCGGCCCUGA